CGCGAGGGACGGAGGGCUGCCAUCGUCGUGCGUUAAUCGGACGCACGGCUGCCACCGUCAUGCGGUAAUCGGACGUACGGCGUUGCCUCGGAUCCUCUGUCGUCUGCAGUGUUCUCAAAGCCAUGAUGAGACGUUGCUUGCAAGUCUCGAUGACGUCGCUUGGGAACGCGCGCGGUGCGUUCGUUCCUCGAAAACGACUGCUGCUGCUGCUCCUGCUGGCUGGCGGCGGCGUUCUGUUUGUCCUGUCGUCCCCCUCACUCAAGAUCAAUGACCGACAAGACAGAUCCGUGUCGGAGGACUGCACCGGCUGCAGCGCGUGGGACCGCGCCCGCGCCGUCGAAGCGCUCUCCGGCCUCCAGGUGUACCAGCAGCUGGCUCGGGCGCUCUCGGAGGCCAACCUGCGCACGCACUGCCGCCGGCUGAUGCAGCCGGGCGGCAAGUGCUUUUGUUCGGGGAAUGACGGCGGCCAGUGUGAAGUGGUCGCCGCCAUGGACGGCAAGAAGCCGGUGUGCCUGGACGCGGGGCUGCUGCCGGAGGGCGAGCCGUGCCUGGUCUAUUCGUUCGGCGUCAGGACCGAUCCGUCGUUCGAGGUCGAGAUGGCGCGCUUCGGGUGCGAGGUGCACGCGUUCGACCCGACGGUGGCCAAAAUGACGUCGCUGCCGGCGGGCGUGCAGCACCACCUCAUCGGCAUCGACGGACGCACGUGGACGCACCGCACCGCCGAUGGCCGCGAUCUGCCGCUGAUGACGCUCGACGACCUCAAGAGCGCGCUGGGCCACGAGGGCCGUCGCAUCGACUACAUUAAGCUGGACGCUGAGGGCAGCGAGUGGAACGUGCUGCAGCACCAGCUGACCGCCGGCGGCACGGCGCUGCGCGGCACGCCGCAGGUGGCUAUCGAGUUCCACCUGAUGUUCCCGCACGGGACGCUCAGCGACAACCCGAGCUGGCAGCACCAGCUGUUGGAGGAGGACGCGCGCCAUCAGCUAAGGACGCUGCGCGCGCUGGAGACGGCCGGGUUCCGGCUUGCCACGAUCAAGUCCUUCGGCGAGUUCCCCGGCAUCGGCCUGGCGCACGCGUAUGAGACGCUCUGGAUCCAGCGCGAGGGGGGCGACGAGGGGACCUAGUGGUGGGCGCCGGGCUUAGUCAUAAUGCCGAGGUACCAGUCCGAGCAUGCCGCUUCGAGUCUUUGGUGAAUCCCUCCAAGGUUGCUUGAGUCAGGGCUCCAGGUCGAGGCACUGAGAUGUUGAAUCUUGCUUCGGUCCAUGCUCCAGUGCCUUGAGUAUGAAUCCAAAUCCGAGAGAUUCAAUUACACUGGUCAUGAGUCCGAUCUCGGCCCUGAUUCAUGAAUGCCAUUCCAAGAAGAGCAAUUAAAUGGAGUUUAGAGUCGACUACGAGCCCAUCACGAUAUUACUCUGUCAUGAAUGUUCUAUGACUGUAAUGGUCUAUACCUGCAAUGCUGUGGUUGCUCACCACUCAAAACAAUCAGCCAAAGAGCUUGA